UGCUCAUUCACGCGACGCAAUUGAGCUCCCUCCCUGGCUUCAUUUCGUGCAGGCUCGCCGGUACGACAUCAGAUCUCACUUUGAGCGCUGCGCCAUUGCAUUCGGCGAAGGCGGUGUCUGUGACGCUGAUAGGAGUCUAUUUGGAUUGCCGAGACGGUAUCGACUCCGCUGUCCCUUUGGACAUCCUGUGGCGAUGGCGGCUUGUGCGUGGCUUCUGUAUCUGCGCCUGGUGGUGACGAAGACUGUGAACCAGCCUUGGGCGUCCGACGAUGCAGAAGGGCUUAUGGCAGAGAAAGACUGGAGUUUUCGUAGGACGUGCCAAAAGUAGUGCAACGGGCAAUUAGGAAAGAGGAAAGGUCUGUCUAUUUGUCUGUCUUCUGCCUGUCUUGAGUGGGCGUCUGUCUGGAAGGGGAAGCGAUGAUGCGAAGGGACGUCACCGGGUUGAUUCCACCAAGACACAACACUCGCCCGACAAAAAUCCUACUGUCAUUGAUGUACCCACAACACAUUGCGUAAGCCAUUCAUGUCUCUGUCAAGCGCACAAUUCGACCACCGUAAGAAGGCUAGGACACAGAGGGGCGUGGAAUCGGUCGAUCGGAGUGUGAUCGUGCGUGGCCAGUGUAGAUGAAUCGGACUCGGCUCAAAGAGGAGGCCAAGGCCACCAGUAACCAACAUCGCUAGGGUGUAGCAUAAAACGCUCGUCCUACUCCAUAACCUGAGCUCCUCCAUCGCACGCACUCACCCCAUGGAUCCCUCCUCCUCGCGCAGACAGCCCACGUCGAUGGAUGACGUGUACGGCGCCUUUGGUUGCGACGACCCAUCGCAGCUGCAGGAGAUGUUCGGCACGUUCGAUGACAAGGUGCGCUUGUUUGCCUAUACAUGAAGCUGGCAUGGCAGAUCUGUGCAUGAAUGCGCUCGGACAUGAGUGCAUGUGUCCGUAUAUGUGUUUGGUGUCAACAGCCGCACGAGCAGGCGAUGGUGGCGUAUUGGCAGCGUGGCAUGGAGAGCGUGGUCAAAUACAAGUACGCAGACGACUCUUGAAGACUCAUGUCACACCUGGGUGUGUCUUGGUGCUUUUCCCAGGUCCUCUCUGGCAAUAUCUGCCAAGCAGCUGGUGCAGAUGUUCAAACAGCACAGAGAGAAGUUCCCCAUCGUGCCACAGGGUAAGCAGACAUCUGCAGGCACAUGUGUGCAUCAGGGCGCAUGCGUAUGCCCACCAUCCACCGCCAGGCCUACCGGCUCUCUUGGCGCGCCUCUGUCGAGACAAGAGCAUCGUACCCAUGUCAACCGUCCUGCCCGAAUCGGUUCUCAAACAUGCACGACACAUUCAUUCUUUCAUUCAUUCAUUCAUUCAUGAGAUCGCCAUUGAUGCGCAAUACGUGUAUGUGCAGCAGCCCAAGCACUGGCAGGCGGCAGAUGCGGCGCCCCAGCCGUCUUUGAUGCGCUCGAUCGCUGGUAUGCGGACAUCUAUACACGCAGAGGGGAGGGAGGGAGGGAUGACGUGCGUACUCUUACCAGGUGUGACGAGUCACGUUGUCUUCGGAGGUCUUGGCGUUAUCACCGCUGCUGCUUCAUACGUGGUACGCAUGGGCACAGGUGCCAUUGACAUCUGCACGUAUGUAUUUUGUACUGUAUACUGUUUCAUGCGUACAGAGUGGCCAUACGAGCCGGGAUAGCCGUGUCACGAUGGACGAAAGUGAGCGGAUGGUGGUCAUCAGUGUGCUUGAGGUAUAUAUGCACGUCGUAAUUCAUGAGUAGCAGAGAGAGAGAUUGGGCACGUACUGUCCAUUAUGUAUGCGUGUAUCUGUCUUGUGCGCAGGAGCUUGCUCAGGCGCUCGAAGCAGACCUACUCGCCUCCACGGUAGGCAACGCGCCCAUCCAUACGCACAAAAAUAUGAUGCGCGUAUGUGCUGUGUUGUGUUGUGGCGCACAGGACCGUUGCUGCGAGUGGUCGGACUCUUUGCUGACAGACGGCGAGGGCAAGGCCAUCCUGCUGUCACGAGACGACAUACGCAAGUUCCUCACACACCGUGUAUGGAUGUCUAUGUAUACAUGAAUGUGUCACACACGAGUGGAUGUAUGUGUAUGUGUAUGUGUGUGCACAGGGAGUGGGCAGCGAUCGUCAGAACAGCACGUGCACCAUGGCCGAGCAUGUGGAGAUCUUCGUGUGGUACCUCGUCAACUACAAGUAUGCACCACGCCGCGCCCGUCACGAGUCGCCAUCCAUACGUGAAUGAACGAAUGAACGCAUGCAUGCAUGUGGAUGAAUGCGUACGUUUGCAGGAGCAGCCUUGCUGUGCGUGUCAGUGCUGGACAGGGAGCCGUCAUAGAUGUGAGCACAUGAAACUUCACAGAUGCACGCGCAUUUGUGCACAGGUUCUGUGUGUGGUCAGGCUGUCAAAGUCGCCCUGCACACAAGCUCAGACAAGCACCAAGUGAGCCGACAAAAAAAGAGCCAUGAGGGAGGGAUGUCAUAUGACAUGUGCACCUUCACUCGUGCAGACAGCAACACUGUCGCUGAGUGACCACGACCGUGCUCUCCUGAUCGAGCGAUACGUCGAGGACAAGCUCAAAAAGAGAGAGAAGAACCUGCUCAACAAGUAUUGCCUUCACAACGAUAUUAUCACAUGAUCUGCACACAACCGGGCAUGUCGCAUGUAUAUGGUUGCAUUGUGGGUGUCAGGUGGACUGAGGUGGACGCCAACUGCCGCAGGCUGCUCAAAUAUGACAAGCAGCGUACGCAAUGCUUCCAUAUGUAUCUGCUUACACACAUGCGGCACGUGCGCGUGUAUGAGUGUCAUGCAGUGGCCCUGGUCGAGUUGAAGCGUCGCAACAUGAUCGCAGCGGAGCUGACCAAAAUCAAAAACCAGCUGCUCACCGUACCCCUCCCACACCUCACACACAUACAUACACACACACAUACAUACAUACAAUCACAUCGCACUUUCGUGGCGCGUGCACAUGUGCAGCAUUGCACUGCUGUUGCUUGUGUAUGUGUGUAUGUGUGCAGGUGUCUCAGUGCAUGCUGCAGCGUGAUGCAGCCGUGUCACUCAGCACGGUGACGGCCAUGCUGGAGACGACCACACAAGCCACAGCAAGCACCAUGUGAGUGACUGCGACGUACGUAUGGGUGUCACCAUUUAGUCGCCUGUGUGUAUAUCUGUCUGUUUGCUCCAUAUUCCAGUGACCGCGAUCGCGUCCUGACUGCCAUGGACAACGCUGCAGAUGUACAGGUAUGCACGUACGUGUCUGUCGAUCUGCGCCUUUCACCUGUGUCGACGCCUCACCACACACAGGACGAUUUGGCUGAGGUGAGUGCGGCUUUCUCGGCAGGCACCGACGCACGGCUCGCAGCUGCUGGGGUGAGUGAGUCAGAGAUGCGUGCAUGCAUGCACACAUCCAUCCAUCGUUCCCAUGUGUCCGUGUGUGGACGUCCUUGUAGGCGACUGACGAUGCGCUCGAGUCACAGUAUGCCGAGCUGCUCGCCGAGCUAUCCAUUCAAGACAAAGACAAGGCCGCGCAAAAGCAGGAAGCGCCAGACAACAAGCAGCAGAGGUACGUCUCGUCUAUACCAUGUAUGCCCAUGAGCCUGUCUAUGUGUUGAGCAGGGUGGAGCAGCUGUUGAACGACCUGCCAGCAGUCCCAAACGGUCCGCUCCCUUCACCAGACAAAAAAGAGGCGGCACGUGGGGAGGCGGCUGGUGCUCGUGUGGCCCAGUGACACGCUCUGUGCAUGCGGCUUUGUACAGUGAGUGUGCAUGCGUGUCAAAGGACACUUGUGUAUGAUACUCACGG